UCCCGGCGCGUUAUUUUUUCCUCGAGUAGCCAGCCAGACUGGAUGUGUCGAGAAGUUUCUUGGUGUUGGCAACUAUACUAACUGGUUGUCGUGGUCGUCGCAGCCGACGACGACGUUCCACGGCUUCGCCUCUUCGUCGGCGUGCGGACUCCCCGGGCGAGCGUGCGCGGUGCUGUUCUUCUUCUGGGACCGCGUAGAGUCGUCCAUCCUUGUCGGCUGUCCCGGCAGCCGCGAUCGACUCCGUGUUUAGGACAUCGAACACGUCGUCGGUCUUGUUGUUGCUCGUCACUCAGCGGGUCCUUCCUUUCCCGAGGCCGGCGAGAUCCACCGGGUCCACUGAGGCGGUAGCAGCGAUACCUCGUGUUGCUUCGUAUCAGACAAGGCUUGGACACGUACAGAGGUACGACAUACACGCACUGACUUCGCGCGAUGAAGAGAAAAGUGACUCGUCCAAGGUCCAGGUUACCUGUCUACCUGGAAUUCGGGGAGCGCCGACGGUGGUGUUGGCGGCACCGUCCCUGACUUCGACGUUUCGGAAUUGACGACCAAGUGUGGUGUGCUCGUUUUCUUUUUUAUUCUUGCGUGUUCCUGGCUUCGAAAAGUGUGCGUUUGUGCUUGUGGUGCCAGCGCCGCUGCCGCUCGGCUUGUUUCAUUUUCUGUGCGCGUUUGCACCGGAGGAUGACGCGACGAACCUCCUCGGCUCCGUCCCGUUGACGUGCCCCCGUUGCUUCACCUUUCAUCUGACAGUUCCUGGUUUCCUUUUUUUUUUCUUUCGUUUCUGCCAACCGCUUUGUGACAGCGUCAACUGUUGACAUUCACGACACAUCACUGUCGACUCUAUCGGCACCCUCGCAAGGAGGAAGGAAGAGGGAAUAGACUUUGCAGGAGUGUCAUACUUCAUGGUUCGGGGAACUCCAUCGGACAACGGCGCAUCACCGCGAGCACGGAGGCAUGGCACGGCGGAAGAUGUGAAACCACGCGUCAUGCCGGGCGCCGUCGCCGCCGCUUCCACGGCGCCUGUGCCCGCGUCGGCGAUAGCCCGCGGCUGCAUGGUGCUGCUCGCGCUGGCCCUGGCGGGCCUGCCACCCGCCGCCAUGUCCCUGGGCACGUGGAUCAACAUGGGUCUGCAGGGAAUCGACGUACUGCAGAACCCGCAGAUGUACGUGCUCGGAGCGCAUCUGCUGUGCGGCCAACUGCAGCUGGGUCUCUCCCGAGGCCAGACCAAGCUGUGCCACCUGUACGAGGACCACAUGCCCCACGUGGGCCGCGGGGCCCGGAUGGGCAUCGGCGAGUGCCAGCACCAGUUCAGGCACCGCCGGUGGAACUGCUCCACGGUCGCCGACACCAGCGUGUUCGGACCCGUGCUCAACAUACCGAGCCGGGAGGCGGCGUUCGCGCACGCAGUGGCGGCGGCCGGCGUGGUGCACGCCGUGUCCCGUGCCUGCCGCGACGGGCAGCUGGGCAGCUGCGGCUGCUCGGGCGAGCUGCGGCCGGACAACCUGCACCGCGACUGGAUCUGGGGCGGGUGCGGCGACAACGUGGCCUACGGGUACCGUUUCACCGAGGGAUUCGUCGACGUGCGGGAGCGCGAGCAGAACCACCCGCGCGGAUCGCUGGCCCAGGGCCGGAAACUCAUGAACCUGCACAACAACGAGGCUGGCCGAAGGGCGGUGAUCCGUAAGAUGCGCCUGACGUGCAAGUGCCACGGCGUGUCCGGGUCGUGCUCACUGGUGACUUGCUGGAAGCAGCUGGCGCCCUUCCGCGAGGUGGGCGACCACCUCAAGGACAAGUACGACAGCGCCACCGAGGUCAAGCUAAACCGACGCGGCAAGCUGCAGGUGCGCCACCGCAAAUUCAACGUGCCCACGCUCGAGGACCUCGUGUACCUGCACGAGUCGCCGGACUACUGCGUCUACAACGAGACGCUCGGAUCCCUGGGCACCAUGGGACGGCGAUGCAACAAGACCUCGUCAUUCACAGACGGCUGCGGUCUCAUGUGUUGUGGCCGGGGUUACAACAGCCACAAGCUAAAGCUGCGCGAACGAUGCAAGUGCAAGUUCCAUUGGUGCUGCUACGUGGAGUGCAAGACCUGCGUCAGCGUCAUCGACGCGCAGACCUGCAAAUAGCGGGCUGCCCGGCCACCUCUGGCAUGAAUUUUCCCGUUGAGAGUGAACCAGUGACACCGAGCAACUCAAACAUUUCUGUGCGGGGCUGACUCACUGUCACCGAAGUAUAGUGAACUGUCACCGAGGGACCGAAGCAUUUCUGUAACGCUAGCAGACACGAGGGCCGCAACAAGUUGCAUACAACCUCUAUUUUUGCUCGCUGUUAACAUAAGUACACCUGGUGAGGCGCAUCAGACCAAAGCGGGUUUAUAUGUGAAAGUCAUUUUGUAGCUCUAGUGAAGGCGUCUUUCUACACGGAAGCGGAACUUUCCGAGGGCUGCUUCCUUUUAUGGAAAGCUGCGUGUUUUAAGGAUAUAAGCAGAAGAAUUGCACGUCUUUUGCUAGCUUUCUCCCGUGAGAUUGGAUUGCUUUGUUCUGCUCUGUUCUGCGAGAUCGAAUCGACUCUGUUCUUGUUAGCGUCGCUCAGGCAGACAAAUCGGCGGUCAAGCUUGUGAGGUUAGACCUACUAGAAUCAACACCGAAACCGCGACUACCUUCGCCAGCAAGUGGAAAUUGCAAACUUGUGACUCUUACUACUUAAGAAAGGAAGUUUUGGGAGCGGAAAGAAAAUGCGGACAAGCAGUCUUUAUCUCGUUAUGGUUCUGCUGGAGAAAUGAAUAGUGUCAAUGAGACUAUUUGCUCUUGUGGCGUGUGGCCUUGCGUCAACGACCGAUAACGUUGGUUUAUCGACGUAGCGAAUCACGAGCUGAUGGAUCGAACCCAGGAAACAACGCUGCGAAGAUGUCGAAGAAGGCUUCAACUGCACGUGCAGCUCGUGAAGCUAUCCCUGCGCAAGGUGUGUCUUCUGUACUGCGACCACUCAAAGUGUCGUGCUAGGACUCGCACGAGUGAAUCGAAGCCAUUGUUCGCCAAGACUUCACCUCUUCCCGCGUCACUAUGUCGCGUUUUUUGCUCCCGCUUCUUCUUCAGAUUCUUCUGGCUAGAAGUUGAGCGCAUUGGUUUUCAUCGUGUCCAUGUGCCGUUCCUGUGUAAAUGUGCUUCUGUUUCUCACUGCUGAAAAAAAAAGAGGCCCCCGAUUCAUCCAAUAUAUUCCUGUAGAUUAUUUAUUGUGUUUUAAACUUGCACUACGCGCAUUGUGUAACGUUUGUGCUGAUGUUUGUAUUUUGUAGCUAUAAAGUACUACAGUGUACUUUUUUGUUUCAUAUGUGCUCCCGAUCAUGUCAAAAUAUUUACUACGGACACAAUACAUCUUGAAAAGUUGAUUCAUGAUGCAUCUUUUUUAUUGAUAUACCCGCUUGCCCAUAUGAAAGCGCCAGUGAUGUUUUAUAACGUCUACUCGCACUCUUGACAGGUUAUAAAAACUCGAGAACAGUCGUCGUAUAUACAGCAGUUCAAAUUUUCUGCAAACACUGGACCAAGGAUCCAUAUACGAAUAUGCGCGAGUCCAACUAGUCAUGAGACAUGUGUCUCUGACUUCUUUAAAAUGUUUUAAAAAGUGGUUAAGAGCUGUACUGCGCACGAGUCUUAACAGUCAGGGGGCAAUGUCGAAGAGUCACUCUAAACGUCAAGUGAAACAAAAAGCGACUUAAUAUUCAAAUUUCCGUCAUCUACAACAUUGUAUUGCUAUGUUGAGAUCACAAAGUCAUUUGGAGCUUGCUGAAGAUUGUUGAUAGCUAUUUGCCAUGACAAAGAAAAGCUUUGGAUUACUUGAUCUGACUACACUGCUCAGCUAGCGAUGCUCACACAUUUGAUUACAUAUAUCUUGGGUAAAGAGCAAUCACUAAUAGCCGGCAGCUUCAGUUUUUUCUUUCUGGAUAGAAAUAUUCGGGUUGGCCAGCAUUCGGCAACCAACGUGUGUAGUUUGUGUACAGAUAAAGAUAAAUAUUUUGCAGGAGUGUUUGAACAGUUUGAUGCAGUCGGGAAGGCUAGUGUUACUUUUCGCUUGGCGCAAUAACCGUAUACGCCCCCGCCCCCAUAAAGUAAAAAAGAAGAAAAGGAAAACAAAUCACCGUAGCAGAACUUUUUAAGAAUUUCGUAAGUGCUUCUUAACAACUGGUCCAGUGUCAGUAUUUAUUUUGUCGCAGACACCAUAGGAAAGCUAAAGAGAUGUGUAAUGAAAUCGCAGAAUUUGUGCUGGUGCAGUCAACUAAUAACGGUGGGCACGGAUGUGCCUGCAAAUGUAAUUUGGUUCUUAUUUCAAGAGAGUCCACACAAUGCCCUUAGCAAACCAUCAUUCAUCACAAACGACACCGAUUCGCUAUUGCAGAACUUACUGAAUUCACUAGACGUACCAGUCAUUCUCGUUUGGCAGGAAGUAAUGUCAGCGACUGUUUGAUCGACUUGAUUUAAUUUAUUCACUCAUUCAUUCAUGGGGAUUAACGUCUGAAAGAAACACUGCGGUUAUGAGAGACACUGUAGUCAAGGGCGCCCGUCCGGAUCCAUUCUGGAUACCUGGGGUUCUUUAACGUGUGCGUAAAUACAAGUACAUGCGCUUUUUUGGCAUUUCACGUCUUUUUUUCGGCAAAUGCAGUCGCCGAGGACGGGGAACGAACCGGCGACCUCGUGUUCAGCGCCAGAACGAUAUAGCCAUUGAGCCAGGUCGAGUUUUUGACGCUCCACCAUUCAAUCAGGACUGUUGCAAUGGUGGGGCCAUCCCACUUUUUUUUUUCAGUAUAGGUGACAUUGAUCGUUACACGCUUGGAUAUCGAUGAUUCGUGUUCCAUCUAGAAAUAGGUAACCCAAAAGCCGAAACUAACUCCUCAUCUAGAUGCAUUUAUUUUACAUGAAAACGCCUCCUGGACCUCCUUUCACCGACGAUCUUGGUCCUUCUAUUUAGUUGAAUGACCUUUCACUGUAGUUCGGGGGGUAAUGUUUCCACUUGCAGCUGAUGUAGCUUUUUGACACCGCCAUGAAGAAAUCCAUUUUAUAUGCUGCCUGUGAACCUGGUAAGGUGGCGUGGAUCGCCCAUGGUGAAGCGUGGCCUAACGUGCAGCGUAUAUCAAAAGUACGAACACCACCCUUUCUCCGCGGGCUAUCGCAGUGGUAUCUAAGUACUUUUUGAUUGUCCUAUAGCAAAACAUUUACUACAGCACCAAAACGAUCGAUAAUUUGAAUGGAACCGUAAUCCUUACACACCGUCUUACCCGCUCAAUGCACCAAGGAACACAGUAAAUUGUCAUAAUUAGUGAAUAAUAGCCAAUAUUUAACUAAACAGUAUCCAGUGAAAGAAAGAAGCAAUCGCAUAUCAAGAGCAUAAAUAAUCAGUUGGCUACGAAUAAAACCACAAAUAGCUCCUUCACAAUAGUUCAAACAACAUUGUUUAGGUUUGACAAACAAGGUGAACCCGGCAGCGCAGCUAAGAACCCUUUCAGGAGCUCUCACAGUUACCUGGAAAGCAAGAGAGUUCGAAAAGAUAGAAGAGUUCCUUCGCCCAAGCGCAAAAUCUGUUGCUUUCUUCAGGGAAGUUUUGAUGGUAUCUUCGACGUUAAAGCACCGCUGCGAUACCUGAUACUGAUUUCCAUGGUGGCAGAAGCGUGUGCGAGCGUAAUAUGCACCAAGAUAAUUGUACCAAGAGGCCUCAGUCAAACCUUGAAACCCUGAUGAGGACUUUGACAACAGCGCAGAACACAACCGAGCUACAAUACAUAUAGCACUGGUGACACGUAGGGUAUCCAAUGUACUUUUGAUGAAUGCUGUACCAAUUUCGGAUGCAAGAUGCUUGCGGUUAUGUUACGAGCGCACGAAGUGUUCAGCUUCAUGACGCAUGUGCGACACUUUUAGAAGCAAUUGACUAUAAAUGCAGAGCUAGUUUCUGAGAGCCCGGAACGGCAAUUCUGUGUACUCUUCUUUCUCACCGUGAACUUCCUGCAAUCGUUCCCAUCUCAUAAUGCUUGUUUUUCCAAUUUCAUGUACAUUUCUUAUGCAACGCGUAGCACCAUAUUGUAUUUUGUAAAUAAAGUUCAUGUGUA